AUGACAUGUUUUCUUAUUCCACUUAUAUUUAUAAAUGCAUCCUAUUAUGAUGAAUUUCCUUUGACAUCAUUGUAUGGCGUGGUGAACGUAGGUUGUGAACCUUUACUUGGAUUUUUAUAUUCAGAAACUCAUUGGUGGUACGAUGUAACAUAUAUCGAAUUUAUUCAAGAAACUUAUUCGCUUGUUAUUAAUUCAACAUCUCCACGAAAUAUUAAACCUCUUAACUCAUCUAUUUUCAGUCGAUUUGGUAGUAUUAACGCGUAUGAUUUAGUACGUGAACUAUUUUUAGAAGAAUCAAGUAGUAAUAAUACGCAUUUCGAUCAGUUUUAUAAUAAAUGUGCACCGAAUUCUUGUUCAUACAUCAGAGUACAACGACGAGAUGUUAUCACAUCAUUCCUUCUUCUUAUUGCUAUAUGUAGUGGUUUGCAUAGGAUCUUGCGACGACUUAUAUCAUUGUCCGGUAAAGUUGUAUUCUAUUGUAUUGAUUGGUGGAACGAACAUCAUGCUCAUCGACAGAUGAUUUCGUUCUGUGAUUAUUUGAAACAGAUUUUAAAAAAUAUUCAUAAAUCAAUAAAAACCCUGAACUUGUUUCGAUCAGAAUUAAAUGAUGAAAUAUCAAUUCAUCAACAGAAAAUCUACACACGAAUCUAUUUACUUCUUUAUAUCACAUCACUUGGAAUAUUAUUAUUUCUUACAGCUAUUACUCAACAUAGUAUAAGAAAAACAUAUCCUGUAUCCUCAAUUGUGGACUAUGAACAAUUAUUGAUCAAUUUUAAAAGAGAAAAUAUUGAUUGUCCUUGUUCACUGAUAUCUAUUCCAUAUGGUGAGAUCAUCACUGAAUUACAAGUAAACAGAUUCCACGAAGCAUGUUCAAGAGAUAUAAUCCGGUCAAUUUUCUUUGCCGGGACAGAGCCAAUAGAAGGACAGACACCUGCUAAUACAAAUAAUUUUUGGAUUUUUAGAAGAUUCUUUAUUGAUUCGCUAAAUUUACUUUGUGCAUUGGCACAACAUAGUGUUGAGAACAGUAUUGAUGUUUUUCUUACAUCAAUGAUGUUAUCAAAUCAAUUACAAUCAUCAACUGAAUUUUAUCAUGACAUCAACAAUACAAUAAUUCAAUUCCAAAAAAAAAUACUCAUUAAUUUUGGUCAAACAUUAGAUCUAAUUCGUAUGAGUGUACACGGAAAUGCUUUAUUAGCAUUGUUUUCAUUAAAUUGGAAUAUAAUCUACGAUGAAAAUAUUUCUGCAUUUGUCAAUGUCCCUGUUAUUCAUCAUGAGAUAAAAGAAAAUACAAGCUGUUCUUGCGCUACUUUACAAACAUGUACAAUGCCAGUACAAAUCCAUAUUUCUGAUGAAUUAGUUAACGUUGAAGGUUUGGUAUUAGGUUGUCAUUUGUUGGAAACAGUUUUACUUUCAUCAUUAUCAUGUUUUUAUUCUCCAAUUUGUAUUCAGAAUAUUCGAAACGAAUUUUGGGCCGCUUUUAUUAUUGAUGCAGAUACUCGUUUGCAUGAUUCAUUGACACGGUUCAAUGUUAAUGAUACAAUUGAAACACUCGCAUAUGAAAUGUUUAUCGAAUCUUGGACGAAUAAUGUUUCAUAUGAAAAAUAUUAUAGAAAUUGUUUACCAAAUCAUUGUAUCUAUACAUAUUACUAUCAGUUUGAUGCCAUGGAGUUGUUAACAACAUUUUUAAGUGUGUUUGCUGGUUUAUCCGCUGGAAUUCGAGUUGUUGUUCCAUAUCUUUUGCGAUUAUUUCAAAGUAUUCGAAAUUAUUUUCAUAAUACACGUCAAUAA